AUGACUCCAUACCAAGAUAAAAUAUCGCGAACUAAUCUUACCAAUACCGGUGCCGGAAUGUUUUUGCAUUCAAAAUUGAAAAGGCCCUUUUUAGGGCAACCCCCACCUGCAAUUAAUGUGAUAACACAAAAUAUCGAAGGCUUUUCUGUGACUAAAGGUGACCUUCUUGCUUCACUUUGUAAGUCACAGAGUUGCGACGUUUUAUGUGUCCAAGAAACGCACCAGGAUGAGGCCAGUAUUAUUCCAAAAAUACCGGGAAUGAACCUUGUCAUUGAAUUACCACAUUCACAACACACCAGUGACCACUGA